UCGUCCCGCGAUAGUGGUAGAGAAGCAAAGUAUAAUGCUAGCGUCAAGAGCGCAGCCCGGCACUUUCUCUUGCGUGGGGUAUAUGUGACACCGUCGGUGUGCGUUGCUAGCACAAUAAGGUAGUCUCGUUCGAUUGACCUGGAAGAGUGGCAUAUAGCCUAGGUACUUUGAUCAGAUAUAGCUGUGGUGGCGUCGAUUCGGAUGGACGCCGUCUGGUUUGUCCGCGCGGUUCUACAACCCAUAGAUAUAAGAACCGUUCGUGGGAGGCGUGUACGCCAUCGAACUCACGGCAUUCCGCUUUCUAGUCGCCGAUCGUGGAUCGUGCAGCUGGACAGGUGAAUGAGGAUACUACUAGCCCCCUGGUAGACCAGCUCGAAACGUUUCCUGCUUGUUGUGGCACCAGGCAGACCAGCUAGUUGGCACUCGGUGAAGUCGACGAUAGCUGUUUGGGCAGUGCUUAGUCUCUACCUGUUCCUGUAUACAUACCUCCUCGAAGUGAUCUCCGAUGCAAACGUCACGUGAUGACACAGGGUCCACGCUGCCGUUUACUACAAUGGUCCUCAGCGCACACAGCUAGUCAGGUACCUCCUACGGUAUUCGCCGACCACGAGCAUGGACGGUACGCACCGCGCUGCGCAGUUUAUGGUAUCGGCACUCGGUCCUGGUUAGUAGUUGCUAGAUAGUCCUCGCAUGGCAUGCAUGUCGGUAUUCACAGCAGAGACGGGUCGCAGGCCAAGACGGCACACUGCUCGAUUUGUGUCGUCGGUGAGGUGUAGAAGGGACAGCUGGUACAGUUAACGUGCU